GGUUAGUCUGUGACAGUCGAAGCAAAAAAAUAAAAAAAUGGUCCAGCUAAUAAGUGAAAUACGGAAAUUACAGAGAGAAAGUCUGGAAAUAUUGAAUAUGAUAACAGCAAUUCAAAAAACCUUGGAAUUAUUCGAAAUCAUUGAUAGUGACAACCAAGUUAUUUUAUUGCAUAUCAAUAAAAAAAAAAUUAAUGAUAAACUUGAGGAAAUACGUAAUCAAAAAACAAAUCAACUGAUGCUGCUUGCUUGUGAAUUGAGGAAAAUAAAAAAAAAUGAUGAGUUGAAGUAUGAAUUUUAUGAGGAUACUGCUGAAAAUGUAAAGAUGAUAAAGACUGAACGUAAAAGACUGAGAGUGAAUGUUGAUUGUAUCAAAAGAGUUAUUAAAAACUUUAAAAACAACAGAAUAUUUGACUUUUCCAGAGAAAGUUUUAAUAAAGCUAUACAAUUUUAUCUCAAAAAAUAUGAAGUGAAUAAACGACUUUCUAUCGUAUUGAGAAAAACACUGAAAAUGAAGGAAGAGCUGCGUUCAAUUAGAAGACAAUUAGAAAUGGUAGACGAACAAAAAAGAAAGCAGAAAAUCUUAAAACGAAAAAUUGAUGAUGACAAAAAUGAUUCCAAACAAGAGAUCAAUAGUCCAAGAAAAUCUCAACGCAUGAAGAGUGCUCCCUUAUGGUUGAUUGAUUUCGUUUGUGCUAAAAAGUGAUGAUAAUGUGUAUAAAUUUUUCGAAAUGUUUUACUCAAUAAUUAUGUGUGUUUUAUUCAAAUCAAAAGUGGAAAAUAAAAAUAGAAAAAACAGAAUUUUUUUUUAGUAUUAUUUUAUUUAUUUUAAUACUUUCUUUAAAAAACUUACAUACAUUGUUAAAAAAUUUUUUUUCCAAAUUACAUGUAUUGGAUUUUAUAAUUAUAAGAUCAUUUUUUCAACAUAAGUGAAUUUACAUUCAUUUAAUCCUCCUGUGUAUGCAAAACGAACUCGUCCUUCUUUGAUGUCUUUGUUGAAAGAUUCAUACUCAACAGGAUUUGCUAUAAAACAAUCAACAAUUCUUUUCGGCAAGAAAAAUUCGGUGUCAUUUCCAACUCUAGCAAUUAUGCUUGGUCCAUACUUAGUCACAACGUUUCGUAAAUUGGUGAGUGGAUAUUCUUUAUUUAAUUCAAGAUCUCUUAUUUUGAUCAAAGUUGAUUGACUUUUUCCUGCUGCGGCACUUGCAAUUUGGUUUAAUGAAGCGAAACGAUCCAUUUUCUGUUGAAAAAAAAAAAAAAAAA